AUGAGUUACUGGAGUCUGGAUAAGCGGGGCUGCCUGCAGUACUGCAGGCACUUCUUGGUGGACAAUGGUGUCUUUCACGUUGAAAGAUGCAUGAGUGUUAUGCAGUCUGGGACUCAGAUGGUUAAGCUGAAGAGUGGAACCAAAGGGCUAGUUCGUCUCUUCUACCUGGAUGAGCACAGGACCUGCAUCCGAUGGAGACCAUCCAGAAAAAGCGAAAAGGCAAAAAUUGUCAUCGAUUCCAUUUACAAAGUCACCGAAGGCCGGCAGUCUGAAAUCUUCCAUCGCCAUGCAGAGGGGAACUUUGACCCAAGCUGUUGCUUUACCAUUUACCAUGGCAACCACAUGGAGUCACUGGAUCUGAUUACAUCUAACCCAGAGGAAGCUCGCACCUGGAUCACAGGACUGAAGUAUUUGAUGGCUGGAAUAAGUGAUGAGGACUCGCUCGCUAAGCGACAGAGAACACACGAUCACUGGGUCAAACAGACCUUUGAGGAGGCUGACAAGAAUGGAGAUGGCCUCCUGAAUAUUGAAGAGAUCCACCAGCUGAUGCAUAAACUAAAUGUUAACCUGCCCCGCAGGAAGGUCCGGCAGAUGUUUCAGGAAGCAGACACAGAUGAGAACCAGGGAACCCUAAAUUUUGAAGAAUUUUCAGUGUUUUACAAGAUGAUGUCCUUACGUCGAGAUCUCUACCUACUGCUUUUAAGCUACAGUGACAAGAAGGAUCACCUCACUGUUGAAGAACUUGCUCAGUUUCUAAAGGUGGAACAAAAGAUGAAUAAUGUGACGCCAGAAUAUUGUCUUGACAUCAUACAGAAGUUUGAAGUAUCAGAAGAAAACAAGAAGCAAAACGUUCUUGGGAUUGAAGGUUUCACCAACUUCAUGCGCAGUCCGGCUUGCGAUAUAUUUAAUCCACUGCAUUGUGAAGUGCAUCAGGAUAUGGAUCAACCCCUUUGUAACUACUUUAUUGCUUCAUCUCACAAUACAUACUUGACAGGAGACCAACUGCUCUCCCAAUCCAGAGUGGAGAUGUAUGCACGAGUGCUGCAGGAUGGUUGUCGAUGUAUUGAAGUGGAUUGCUGGGAUGGUCCAGAUGGAGAGCCGGUAGUGCACCAUGGCUAUACUCUUACUUCUAAAAUACUCUUCCGUGAUGUGGCAGAAACUAUCAAUAAAUAUGCCUUCAUCAAAAAUGAGUUUCCAGUGAUACUGUCUAUUGAAAACCACUGCAGUAUUCAACAGCAAAAGAAGAUCGCUCAGUACUUGAAGGAGAUAUUUGGUGACAAACUGGACUUGUCAUCUGUAAUCACUGGAGAUUCCAGACAGCUUCCUAGCCCUCAGAAUUUGAAAGGGAAAAUCCUAGUGAAGGGUAAGAAGUUGCCAUACAGUCUUGGAGCAGAUGCUGAGGAAGGAGAAGUUUCAGAUGAGGAUAGUGCGGAUGAAAUUGAAGACGACUGCAAGUUGAAGACCUGCUAUAGCAAUGGUGCAACUGAGCACCAGGUGGAAUCUUUUAUAAGAACGAAAUUGGAAUCUCUGAUAAAAGAAUCCCAAAUCAGGGACAAAGAAGACCCAGACAGCUUCACUGUGAGAGCCCUGCUAAAGGCAACCCAUGAGGGCUUAAAUAUUAACCUGAAACAGAACCUGGAUACAAAAGAAGGUGGAAAAAAGUCUCAUAGCCGAUCAUUAAUGGGCAACUUCGGUAAACACAAGAAAGCUGUGAAGGCAGCGUCCAAAUACCAUAGUGCAUCAGAUGAUGAAGAAUGCCAGCAAAACUCUUCUGGAAAGGAAACAGGACAGCUCCACAGACUGGCUCGUCGAAGAAAAACGGUGAAGCUGUGCCGAGCUCUGUCUGACCUUGUGGUGUACACGAACUCUGUGGCAGCCCAGGAUAUAGUAGAUGAUGGAUCAACAGGGAACGUGCUGUCAUUCAGUGAAACCAGAGCCCACCAAGCAGUGCAGCAGAAGGCCGAACAGUUUAUGCUUUACAACCAGAAACAGCUUACAAGGGUCUAUCCAUCCGCCUAUCGGAUUGACUCCAGCAAUUUCAAUCCUUUACCUUACUGGAAUGUUGGUUGCCAGUUAGUGGCACUAAACUACCAAUCUGAGGGACGCGUGAUGCAAUUAAAUGAUGCAAAAUUUAGGGUAAAUGGAAACUGUGGUUAUGUCCUCAAACCUCAGCAGAUGUGCAAAGGCACAUUCAACCCCUACUCUGCUGAUCCACUCCCUGCCAGUCCUAAAAAGCAGCUUAUUCUGAAGAUCAUCAGUGGACAGCAGCUGCCUAAGCCUCCUGACUCAAUGUUAGGAGACAGAGGAGAGAUAAUAGAUCCCUUUGUUGAGGUGGAAAUUAUUGGGUUACCUGUUGACUGCUGUAAAGAUCAGACCAGAGUGGUUGACGACAAUGGGUUUAAUCCUGUUUGGGAGGAAACACUCACUUUUACCAUCCACAUGCCUGAAAUAGCUUUGGUGCGAUUUCUUGUUUGGGACCAUGACCCUAUUGGGAGAGACUUUGUUGGACAAAGAACUCUGGCCUUUAGCAGUCUCGUGCCUGGUUAUCGUCAUGUGUAUUUAGAAGGGCUGACAGAAGCAUCCAUAUUUGUUCAUAUAACCAUUAAUGAGAUCUAUGGAAAAAAUAAGCAGCUGAUAGGACUCAGAGGGUUGUUUAACAAGAACCCUAAGCACAGUUCCGCUGAAACCAGCGGGCACUAUGUACGGAAGCGAUCUAUUGGUGAUCGAAUUCUCCGGCGCACAGCCAGUGCACCAGCAAAAGGUAGAAAGAAAAGCAAGAUGGGUUUUCUGGAAGCUACUGAAAUUAAAGACAGUGCAUCUGAACCAAUAGACUUGAAAGACAAAGAAGGAGUUGUAAGGCGCACAAGCCGGAGUCUGCAAGCACGUCCUGCUUCUAUGCCCGUGGACAAAUUUCUUCUUGUAGGACUGCCAUGUCCAGAAGAUGAAACUACCCAAGAUGCCAAAGGAAAAGAAAAUGCAUCCGCCAACAGUGAUGACAAUACAAAUGAGGAGGAAACAAACAUGAAAGAAUCUGUUUUCACAUGUUCUGAGAAAGCAGCAAAUACUUCAAAUUUGGCAUCUCAAUUUAAGAAGAAUGACCAGAAGGAGACUACAGUUGACUCUUUAGUACCACUUCUACAGGAGCAACCUGAAGAUUUAGUUUUUGCAAGUGGUGUAGCUGAAACGAAUCACCUCAUAGGCUAUCCGCAAAAUAAUCUUCCUGCUGUUGCUGAAACUGUCCCUCUAAUGCAGGACUCCAAUUUUGAAAUUUCCACAGAAAAAACAAAUGGCAAAAACUGUGCAGACAAUAAAAAGGAAGAUGACACGAAAGGGUCUAAGGAGGAGAAAAUAACUCUUGUGGGGUCUGCCCUUUCUCAAAAAGUAAAGAUGGAAAAUCACAAAUAUGACAUCAUCGAGAAAAGCACUGGAGCACCUCUUUCUUUGACAGAUAUUUCUUCUACCAUUUGCUCUGAUGUUCCUGAUUUGCACUCCACUUUAACCAUGCAAGACAGUGACAUUUCUCGCCUUAUAGAUGAAGUUUCUUUAGCGAAUGAGAGCGAGAUGGAUAGCGCUGUCUCAGCUCUGAUCGGACAGUUUGAUGUCACAGAUGACCAAACUAAUCUUACCACAGUCUCGAGCCUCCAUGGCACUAGCAGCCAGGCCUUCAGUGUGAUGGCUACGCACCCACACAUGCUUACUGCAGAUCUUAACAGUCCCUGUAAGCACAACUUCACUACCACAAAAUCCAUCAAAUCCCCUUUAUUCUCAAGUCCAGAUACUACCGUGUUCUCUAGCCCUGAGACUGCAGAGUAUUCUGUGUACACAAUUAUCCAUGAGGCAACUCUUACACCAGCUUCUGAAUGUAAGAUCCACAGUGAAUUAGUUUGCAAGAAAAAGUUAAAUAGUGUACAAAACAACUCGCCUAGCUCUCCUUGUCCUUCACCUCUCUCUUUGCUCAAUGGAAAUCCCAAAAGGAAAAGUGGACCAAAAUGUGGACCAAGCUGGGAAGCCCCCGAGUCUGCCAGUUCUUUUGCUUCCAAUGGCCUCAUCUUUGAGGAGACGCUUGUUGACCCUCCCACUGGUGAAAACUCAGAAAGCAGCAGUCUUGUAGAAGUAGAUGGGGAUUGUCAAGAUCUCUUGGUAACUGCAUGCGAGUACAAAAGGGAAGACAUGAGCCAGUUGGCUUCCCCUUUAAAACUGAGGCAAAAGCAGGACACUGGGCACAGUGGUGAGAGAACCUCUGGGAGCAGUGCAACUGUUGAGCUCUGUGCUUCUGCCUUGGACUGCUCGGGUCACUUCAGGACCGCAGGGAGUCAGCUCCCUUUUCCAAUGUAUGAAAAUGUUGGCUUUUUAUGUCAUCAUCAUUCAGAUAAGCAGGAAAACGUAACGUGUACCUCUGAGAGAUCCCAGCUCAACAUACACUCACCGGUGCUCAAAAAUGCUUUGGCUUUCCCACCUCAUCCAGCCAUCAAGCAGACUAGCCCUUGCAAAUCCAAGAGUCUUGGAGACUUGACAUCAGAGGAUAUUUCCUGCAAUUUUGAAAGUAAGUAUCAAUACAUAAGUAAGAGCUUUAUCUCAUCAGGCAUGAGAGACAAGAAACUUGCUGCUAUGAAGAGUAUGAGACCACAUUCUACGGAUGCUCUGACGGAACAGCUGAGGAAGCUGGUGUCCCUGGACCAGGAGGAGAGCCGUCAGACGCUGUGCUCCAGGCAGACUGAUGAAGACUGCCCGAAGGCGCUGGUCAGGAAACUCUCGUCCAGAAGCCAGAGCAGGGUGCGGAAUAUCGCCAGCCGUGCCAAGGAGAGGCAGGAGGCGGCCAGCAAGCAAAAAUCUUCUAACACAAGUAGUGUAGCGGGGGUUGUCCUUCGGAACAAGCCUUCGGCAUCUCCUCACGUUAUCAACAGGCAUUCAACAGGCUCGUACAUAGCCAGGUACCUGAAUGGCUUCCCUGGGGAGGACGUGGAGGGCCGAGGAAUACCUGAGGGCGCGUGCGCUGCUCUGCACUACGCCUGUAGCGACCGGUUUUAUACGCAUGAUUCUGUUCUGCCGCUGGAAGCCAGUAGUGAUGAUAUUGUAUAA